UCUCUUUCUUUCUCUUUGACCGUGUCUUCUCUCUCUUUCGUUCUUUCCCGUGAAUCAAGUUCAUUUCUAACAGAUUUUGAACUGCGACGACGUUGUUCCUUGUGCGGAUAGAGUUGUUUUCCUUCCCUGUCACCUGCAUUUGGUUUGGAUCGGGCAUGGUAUUUUCUUACGUUCAGGUGAAAGUUUUUGUUGCAGCUGCUGGCAUUCAUUUAUGGUUCUGAUUGAUCUCGAAGAUGGUAUCGUGCAAUGAGGACGCAUCUCAGAUGCAGGAACACUGUGCGACAUCUAAAACGACUUUACCGUUUGAUCGUCCACAGGCACGGGCCAACAGUGUCUUCAAGAGUGGACCGCUUUUCAUUUCAUCCAAAGGGAUAGGAUGGACUUCCUGGAAGAAGCGCUGGUUUAUCCUAACUCGAACAUCAUUAGUAUUCUUUCGAAGUGACCCUAGUGCCCUGCCCCAAAAAGGUGGUGAAGUAAAUUUGACCCUGGGUGGUAUAGACCUUAAUAGUUCGGGAAGUGUGAUCGUCAGGGCUGAUAAGAAACUAUUGACAGUAUCAUUUCCUAAUGGAGGUGAUGGACGGGGGUUCACUCUCAAGGCAGAGACAUCGGAAGAUUUGUAUGAGUGGAAAGCUGCACUGGAAAGUGCUUUGGCUCAAGCACCUAGUGCCCAUCUUGUGACGGGUCAUAAUGGGAUUUUUCAGAAUGACCCAGCAGAUACCAUUGAAGGAUCUUUGGAACAAUGGAGGGAAAGGCGGCCUGUGAAGUCCUUAGUUAUUGGCAGACCCAUAUUACUUGCACUAGAAGACAUUGAUGGGAGUCCUUCCUUUUUGGAGAAAGCAUUGAGAUUCAUUGAACAGUAUGGAAUUAAAGUAGAAGGCAUAUUAAGACAAGCAGCUGAUGUUGAAGAGGUUGAGUUGCGUGUUCAAGAAUAUGAACAAGGGAAGAUUGAGUUUUCUCCUGAUGAAGAUGCACAUGUUGUGGCUGAUUGUGUGAAGCAUGUUCUUCGGGAGUUGCCUUCAUCUCCAGUUCCUGCUUCUUGUUGUGUUGCACUGCUGGAAGCAUACCGAACAAGUCCUGACUUGAGGGUUGAUGCCUUACGCGAUGUGAUUUUUGAGACAUUUCCAGAGCCUAAUCGUCGGCUAUUACAGAGGGUGCUCAAGAUGAUGCAUGCUGUUUCUUGCCAUAAGUCUGUGAAUCGAAUGUCAGCAUCUGCUGUAGCAGCAUGCAUGGCACCUCUGCUUCUUCGUGCUCUUUUGGCAGGCGACUGUGAGCUGGAGGGUGAUUUUGAUAUUAGUGGUGAUGGUUCUUCUCAACUAUUGGCUGCAGCAGCAGCUGCUAAUCAUGCUCAUGUCAUCGUGACAACAUUACUGGAGGAGUAUGAUAGUAUAUUUGGAGAUGAUAGCUCACAGAGGGGCUCUUGUUCACCUGAUAUGUACACUGAUUCAGAGAUCAGUUGCAGUGAGGAGUCAAUGGAGGAUCACAACCUUGAAUCUGCUGAUGAUGGAUAUCAUGGUGAAGAGGAUGACCUUGACCCAGAUGAUGAUUAUGAGCAUAGUGGAACAAUCAGCGAGAGUAGUGGAAAUGCAGGCAGUGAUCUCUAUGUCAAUAAGGACUAUAGCAGAUCCAACUCUGAUGCUGAUAUCAGAAACGGUGAGCAGAUAAAUAUAACAGCGGAGAAUUUGAUGAAUCAAGCUGAAGCCCCAUCACAGCAUCUUGGUGUUGUUCAGGAGAAUCUUGAACAUGACAAGGUAUGCGUUGCAUCUGACAGUGAACUGCAUGAUCGUUUGAGAAAAAUUCCUUCUUUGGGAAGUCCGGAGCUUGAUGCAUCUGGCCUGAGUUCACCAGCAUGCCUUACAAAAGCUACUAGCAAGCCAACUAGCUCUUCAGGCACUACCAAACGACCAAAAAUCUUGGGGCGCACAGGUGGAAGAAGGAAUCUAUCUAUGGAGUCCAUCAAUUUUUCUAGUGAGGAUGAGAUUUUGAUUCAGAAGCUUCAGAUCACAAAGAACGAUCUUGAAAGCAAACUUGCGAAGGAGGCAAAAGGGAAUGCAAUCUUAGAAGCAAGCUUGGAGAGAAGAAAGCAAGCUUUACAUGAGCGUCGACAAAUGCUUGAACAAGAUGUGGCAAGAUUACAAGAGCAACUGCAAAAGGAGAGAGACCUUAGGGCAACUCUGGAGGCCGGACUAAACAUGCAUCCAGGAAAUUUGCUGUCAGACAGCAUGGACCCAAAGAUUAGGGCUGAACUUGAAGAAAUUGCACUUGCGGAGGCAGAUGUUGAAAGCUUGAAAAAGAGAAUUGCUGAUCUUCAUUUGGAGCUCAAUCAACAUAACCAGCAUGGCCAUGAUUCCAUCUGUGAAUCAUGUAGGCAACAUCGGCAUGUGCAAGGUCGUGAGUUGACACGGCAGUUUCAGAAACGCGAUAUAGGUACUACUAGUGGUAAGUUGCGCCGUGAAGGAACUGGGAGAAGCAAGGGUGCACGUUUAUGACCUUCAAGUUGGAGGAGGUCAGGUUUGCAAUAACUGGGAGUGCAUCCCCUGGAAUAAACUGGGAGUUGUUACCACAUCUUCUGCACGGAUCUAAUUCAAAACUCAACUAGACUGUUAAGGGAACAGCACUUUCAGAUUUUGAAAUUAAUUUCACACCCUUGAUGGAAAUUCAAGGGACAAGUUGGCAAGUGACAAGUGACAAGGCCAUGAAUAGCCCUUCAAAAUAGUACUUAGUUACUUACCGAUCAGAUGGCAACUGACUGGAAAUUAACUGAAGCCAGUUUCUCAUCCUGUGUAUUUGGCCAUGUCUUUUUCUUUUCUCUUUCCUGUGUUAAGUCAACCUCUUAAUACGUGACCAUGCUGUCCAGGCAUCUUUCUGUUUGUAAAAUAUUUGGCACGGUCUUUUCUUGAGUUCAUUCGACGGGGUUGGACCCAAAUAAGGUUCAUACUUCUAGCUCUUUUCAGGAUGGUAUGAACUCAACUGCCUCUAUGACUUAUUGAGAUUCUUGUGACGAAGGAAAAAGAAGAAAUUGUGUACAG